CACCAGAGAAGAAGAGCGAGCGGAACCGGAAGUGCGUAACCUGUCAGAAGGACGGACGGAAAGGGGCCGUGUGUGUGUGUGUGUACUGUGGUUAGCUAGUGCAGGAAAGAUGCUGUCCAAUAUCUCUAAUGUCCUCAGAGCCUGCGCUACCAGAAAUGGAGCUGCAUUGGUCAUGUCGGCGCGCACAUAUGCCGACUUCACCACCCAGGCUUCCUUUGAAGUAAAGAAAUGUGACGUCUUCAAGCUGGAAGAGGCUCCAGCAACUGAGGUGGUCAUGACCCGUGACGAAGGUCUGCAGUAUUACCGCGUCAUGCAGACAGUGAGGCGUAUGGAGCUGAAAGCAGAUCAGCUUUACAAGCAGAAGAUCAUCAGAGGAUUCUGCCAUCUCUAUGACGGCCAGGAAGCCUGUGCUGUUGGUAUUGAAGCAUCAAUUAACUUGUCUGACCACCUGAUCACUGCAUACCGUGCCCACGGCUACACAUACACCAGAGGAGGGACCGUGAAGGAGAUCAUGGCUGAACUCACUGGCAGAAGAGGAGGUAUUGCAAAGGGCAAAGGAGGCUCCAUGCACAUGUACACUAAACACUUCUAUGGAGGAAAUGGAAUUGUUGGAGCUCAGGUUCCCCUUGGUGCUGGUGUGGCUCUUGCCUGUAAAUAUCAGGGCAAAAAUGAAUUGUGUGUCUGCCUCUAUGGUGAUGGUGCUGCAAACCAGGGUCAGAUCUUUGAAACCUACAAUAUGGCAGCACUUUGGAAGUUGCCUGUCAUCUUCGUCUGUGAGAACAACAGGUAUGGUAUGGGAACAUCAGUGGAGCGAGCUGCAGCCAGCACAGACUACUACAAAAGAGGAGAGUUCAUCCCUGGUCUCCGGGUGGAUGGCAUGGAUGUGCUGUGUGUUCGGGAAGCUACCAGGUUUGCCGCUGAUCACUGCAGAUCUGGAAAGGGUCCUAUUAUUAUGGAGCUUCAGACUUACCGCUAUCAUGGACACAGUAUGAGUGAUCCCGGUGUCAGCUACCGAACUCGUGAGGAGAUCCAGGAAGUCCGCAGCAAGAGUGACCCCAUCUCCUUGCUGAAGGAUCGCAUGCUCAGCAACAACAUGGCCAGUGUGGAGGAGCUCAAGGAGAUUGAUAUUGCGGUGAGGAAGGAAAUUGAAGACGCUGCUCAGUAUGCCACCACAGAUCCUGAACCCCCGUUGGAAGACUUGUGCAACCACAUCUAUCACAACGAUCAACCAAUGGAAGUGCGUGGCACGAACCCGUGGGCCAAGCUGAAGUCUGUUAGCUAAAGUUUUGCCCGCCCUUUCUUUUAAUCACCUCUUCCUCCCUGUAAUAUAUGGACACCCCUACAUGUCAUCGAUAUACGCACAUCAAUAAAUGAACCAUGUGGUGCCUCGGACCCAGAGCUUAAUGCAUCAACAAGCAAUUCAGUUUCAACAGCAGGGGCCAUAUUCACACAGAUGUUCUGUGAGUUCAACAAACAGAGAUGGGACAUCAUUUAAAGUGCUGCUUUACUCAUCAGUCCUUUUGUGUUUUGACCAUCUCAUGAAAGUCUCUCCUAUUUAUUUAUUUUUCACAAAAGCAUUAGAGACACUGGUGGGUUAUUUGAAAUCAUCCUACAAGUACAUUCAUUUUGAGGUUAGCACAAGAAAUUCCCAGAGCUACUGUAUUUUAACACAUAACGGAGAUUAUUAGGCACUUUUAUUUUUUAAACUACAAACAUUUUUGUAAAUCUGGCCUCAAGUGAAUAUAUUGAGCUUAUUCUAAAAUUGCUUGUGUGAUGUAUAUCUCAGCUGUUUCUGAGGUGUUUAUUAAGCAAAUGGUUACGGUUACCGUUACGGUUCAUCUCAAGACGAGUCAAACCUGAUUUAUACUUUGUUGCACACUUAAAUGUGACUUUUUAAUCCUCCUCUCAGUAAGCGUAGACUCUUCCUCCUCAAUUAGAUCAAAUCAAAUCCUUUAAUCCAUUAUCAAAAAAGGGAAAGUAGCAGAGAUAUGGAUAAAAGUAAACAAGCUUGGUUUAUUGAUACGACAACAAGUGAAAUGUUUAGUCAUAGCAUAAAUUGAGUUUUGUUGAGUGACGUAGUAUAAGUCAGGCCUCCGUAUUAUGUAAAGUACUUUGUUGUCUCUAGUGUACAUGAUGCGUAAUAAUUUGAUUAAACAAUACACCAUAAACGGGAGCACGGUAAAGACUGCUGUCAUCACUCAUUGUCCAUGUGAAUGAUGAAACAUUUGAAUUGAUCAUGCCAAACCUAACAAACAAACACGUGCCUGGCAGAUCUCGUGCUGUUCAAGGAUGAAUGUGCCGUCUUAUGUUUGUGUCGCACUCCAAAAUGAGCUGGUGAUUCUGUGCAUCAUCAACGUCACAUGUGACGGAUGUUCAGUGUGUUUACAUUCACUGGGUUAAGUUGUAGAUAUACACGUGUUGUUCCACAUACAAUCAACACAAUCUUAAUCCGUGCUGAAUGUAAACACUGUGACUUCUUGUCUGAAUUCUUCAGCUAAACUAAAAUACUCCAAAUGUUCCUAAUCUGGGAGAGAUUUCAUCAGUACCUUAUGUGUCACUUGUAUGUUUUCCCCAGAAGGUGUUUUGUGCUGAGACACAUCAUUGGCUUAAAUGUACAGGAAUAUAUGGAUUCCAGUUUGUUUUCUGUCCUGGAACAGAUUAUCGUGACAAAUACUGGGAAUGGUCUCUUCUGGAAAACAGACUGAAACUCAGACUGUCCUGUAUUUGUUGUAAACUGUUACAUUGAGGGUGAGAGAUGGCUCAAGGAAACACUGGUUUUAUGUGCGAGCCAAUAAUAAAAAAGACUGUAAAGUACA